CUCCCCCCUCCAGGUUCCGGCAGUUGGUGCGGCCCGGGACGGCAUGGCUGCUGCUUUUCGGCCCCCGAAGCAAGUCCUGCUGCGGGCACUGCGGAGUUCGGUGUAUCCUGGGGUAGGAGGCUUAGGCUCCACCUGCUGCAGCUGCCCUCUCGGAGCUAAAAGAUACCUACUUACAGAUAAUAUUGUGAAAUUAAAGGAAUUUCAGCAUAAGAAGGUGGCUAUUGCAUAUAAUCUUCCUGGCACCAAAGUCCUGCCUUCAGAAAUCAGUCUCCCCUCACUUCUCUGCUAAACAUACUUGUCACGUCCAGCGUGGCAAGGGCAAAUGGGACACCAGAGGGGCGGCACAGAUUGAAUAAGUACAAGAG